GGCGGAAGUCGUCACUGGGCGGGCCCGGUAGCGUCCGUGGUAGCUCGCCAUGGCGAUGGGCAGCGGUGGCGCGGUCUCUGAACAGGAAGACGCGGUCCUGUUCCGGCGUGGCACCGGUCAGAGUGAUGAUUCUGACAUUUGGGAUGAUACAGCACUGAUAAAAGCUUAUGAUAAAGCAGUGGCUUCCUUUAAGAAUGCUCUAAAGAAUGGUGACAUUUGUGAAACUUCAGAUAAGCCAAAAGGCACAGCUAGAAGAAAACCUGCUAAGAAGAAUAAAAACCAAAAGAAGAAUGCCACAACUCCCUUGAAACAGUGGAAAGUUGGUGACAAAUGUUCUGCCAUUUGGUCAGAAGAUGGCUGCAUUUACCCAGCUACCAUUGCGUCAGUUGAUUUUAAGAGAGAAACCUGUGUUGUGGUUUAUACUGGAUAUGGAAACAGAGAGGAGCACAAUCUGUCUGAUUUACUGUCCCCAACCUGUGACGUAGCUAAUAAUAUAGAACAGAGCGCUCAGGAGAAUGAAAGUCAAGCUUCAACAGAUGACAGCGAAAACUCCUCCAGAUCUGUCGGAGGCAAACCACACAGCAAGUCCAAAGCGGCUCCAUGGAACGCGUUUUUCCCUCCACCACCCCCAAUGCCAGGGCCAGGUUUGGGACCAGGAAAGCCGGGUGUAAGAUUCAAUGGCCCUCCACCGCCACUGCCUCCCCCUCCCCCCUUCUUGCCGUGUUGGAUGCCUCCGUUCCCUUCAGGACCACCAAUAAUUCCUCCGCCUCCUCCCAUAUCUCCAGACUGUCUGGAUGACACUGAUGCUCUGGGCAGUAUGCUAAUCUCUUGGUACAUGAGUGGCUAUCAUACUGGCUACUAUAUGGGUUUCAAACAAAAUAAAAAAGAAGGAAAAUGCUCACAUACAAAUUAAGCAGUAAGUCUGUUUUUUAAAAAGCUGAUUU